AUGCCUCGCAAACCAGCCCCAGCCUACGUCCUCGGCGUGGGCAUGACCAAGUUCAUCAAGCCCCGCGGUAAAGUCGACUACCACGAACUCGGAUUCGAGGCCGGCAUCAAGGCCAUGCUCGACGCCCAGAUCAACUACGACGACGUCGACCAGGGCGUUGCGUGCUACUGCUAUGGCGAUUCGACCUGCGGCCAGCGCGUCUUCUAUCAGUUCGGCAUGACCCAGAUCCCCAUCUACAAUGUGAACAACAACUGCUCGACAGGCUCAACGGGGCUGAACAUGGCCAGACAAGCCAUUGCUUACGGCGCGGCCGACUGCGUCUUGGUCGUUGGGUUUGAGAAAAUGUCCCCCGGCAGUCUACAAGCAUACUUCAACGAUCGGGAGAAUCCCACAUCCACCACCAAUGCCAUGAUGAAAGCCACUCGAGGAGUCACAAACGCUCCCGGAGCGGCUCAGCUAUUCGGCAACGCCGGCCGUGAAUAUAUGGAGAAAUACGGUGCGAAGGCGGAGGAUUUCGCAGAAAUUGCACGUGUAAACCACGAACACAGCAAGAGGAACCCAUACUCGCAGUUCAAGGAUGAAUAUACCCUCGAGCAGAUCAUGAAGUCACCCAUGAUCCACCCGCCCUUGACGAAACUGCAAUGCUGUCCCACAUCCGAUGGCGGAGCCGCCGUGGUCGUGGUCUCGCAGGAAUUCCUCGACAAGAGACCCCACCUCAAGUCGCAAGCCGUUCUAAUCGCAGGCCAGCAACUCGCCACCGAUUCACCGGACCUAUUCAGCCGCUCGGCCAUGGAUUUGGUCGGCUACCAAAUGUCCGCCUACGCAGGUAAGCGCGCAUUGGAGGAGGCAGGCAUCACCCCCAACGACGUCACCGUCGUCGAGGUCCACGACUGCUUCAGCGCGAAUGAGAUGUGCGUCAUCGACGCGCUGGGUCUGUGUCCCAAGGGCAAAGCCCACGAAUUGGUCCGCAACGGCGACAUCACAUACGGUGGGAAAUACGUGGUCAACCCUUCUGGAGGCCUCAUUUCCAAGGGCCACCCUCUCGGAGCGACGGGCCUCGCCCAAUGCGCUGAAUUGACAUGGCACCUCCGAGGCUGGGCCAACAACCGCCUGGUAAAGGACACCAAAUACUGCCUGCAGCACAACCUCGGCCUAGGCGGCGCCGUCGUCGUCACCGUGUACAAGCGCGCCGACGGCAAGACCGCGACCCCCGUGUCCGACGAACAGGUGGCCAAGGCCACCGGCCUGGGCUACAACCCGGCCACAGAGGCCAAGGGGUUUACCACAGAGCAGGUCCGGAGGACCGUGUCGCAAAAACAGUUUUCGGACUGGGCUGUCCAGGACGUCGAGAGCAAAGUGCAAGCUCGAUUUUAA